AGCCAGCAGUCAGACAUCUCUCUCGCAGUCCAGGACCCCUGGUGGUCAGUGUGCAUCAUAGCGACCAGUUAUUCUGGUCAUUCCACCUUAAGAGUCACUUAGGCUUUUAUUAUAUAGAUACAUUAAAACCAACUAACCCAGCUGCCUUUUGUAUAGAAAUUGGACAAACCGAUCCUAAAAUUUAUAUGGAAUUGCAAGGAACCCAGGCUAUCCAAAACAAUCUUGAAAAAGAACAAAAUUGGAGGAUUCACACUUUCUAAUUUUAAGACUUGCUACAACGCUACAGAAAUCAAAACAAUGUGGUACUGACAUAAGGAUAAACACAUAGAUUAAUGGGAUAGAAUUGAGAGUUCAGAAAUAAAUCCAUAUACUUACGGUCAACUGAUUUUUGACACUGGUGCCAAAAGUAUCUAAUGGGAAAAGAAUAGCUUUUUCAACAGGAUUCUGGGGCAACUAACUACCCACAUGCAAAAUAAUGAAUUUUGAUCCAUAUCUCAUGCCAUAUAAACAAGACCAACUCAAAGUGGAUCAAAGACCUAAAUGUGAGAGCUAAAACUAUAGAACCACUGGAACAGCUUAUAGAACAAAAGAAGAGACAAAAAGAAAAACUGGAAUAUUUUUUUAAAAGAAUUAUUAGCUCUCCUAGACUCAUAAGAAAAACAAAAAAGGGAGGAAGGAAAACAGACAGAUAUGAGAAAGAAUUUAUAUAAAGUAGAGCAGAAAGACUCAAGGCAAAUUGUGGAGAAGGGAUGGGAAGGCUAGUUAGGCAGCAAUAAGCCCAUGAGUAUGGGUGCCAGUAGUCAUGGAAGAGGCCACCAAGUAACCUUUUUUUUUUUUUAACUUUUAUUGAUUUCAGAGAGGGAGAGAGAGAAACAUCAGUGAUGAGAGAAUCACGGAGCAGCUGCCUCCUGCAGGCCCCACCCUGGGGAUUGAGCCCACAACCCAGGCAUGUGCCCUGACCAGUAAUUGAACCGUGACCUCUUGGUUCAUAGGUCAACACUCAACCACUGAGUCAUGCUGGCCGGGCUCAAAUAACCUUUUGUUUCUCAGAGCACCUUGGGUGGACAUAGCAAAGCAGUCCGUGUACUGGCUCAUAAUCACUGUCAACUAAUAACUGAGAUUUUCUCUAGGAUUGCAAAAACUUUUAACCUAUUCUCAAUGCCUUUUUAAAAAAAAUUCUUUCCCCAUUACCAUUUAUCCCCUCUAUGCCCUCUUUAACAGCAGAUCAUUUAGUGUUUUAUGAACCCAGCUGUUACAUUGUCUUCCAUUGCAGACCCAGAGUUCUUCAAGUGUUAACAUAAUUUGUUUUACAGUUUCUCAUGGGCCUGUUUUAUAUGAGUGCAUCCAGCAGAUGGCAUUAGAAUUCUUAGACUUCAGAUCCACUGUUUGCCCAGUAGAAAUACCAUGUUUUUAUUGAUAGACCACGAGCAGAUCUUCCAGCCUCAGAUCUAUAAUUACAAAAGGACCCAGGUUCAAUGACCUGUAAAGGCCAUUUCAGCACCUCCAUUCUGUCUGUCUCCAAGCCUUCACCUUAGGUAAGAACUUUGGCUUUCAAAAAAAAAAAGAACUUUUGCUUUCAUUCACCUCUCAGGGUGCUCUGACUCUUUACAGCUGAAGGCCCCUCUUGUCUGAGAUAGACAGUAUUACUUAGCAGUAUGCGUGCUCUAACAACAUGAGUGACAUCAAGAGUAACCGAGAACUGUACCUGCAGUACAAAUCCAAGGCCCCUAAGCUGCUGGCCAACAUUUCCAAAUUACUCCUCAUGUGCCGGAACACAGGCAUUGCUAUACCUAAGGGCAUCAGAAACAUCUUUGAGUUCACUUGGGAGGAGCUCAUCACUGACCCUAUGGUGCCUACCCCGUCUGCCAUCCGGGGCCUGGAGAUCAGCUUUGGGACUCCACCCGUGGUGCCUAUGGAAUCAACCCCUGUGCAGAUCCACGUCCAGAAGAAGCCGCCAUCACCACCAGUACCACCACCACUGAUGUUACCCACUGGGUCAGGCAAGUUCACCACCCAUGGUCAUCGGGUGCACACCAGCCAGGAGACCCUGUACAAGUUCCAGCGGCGGUCCAUCCACCUGCUGACUGAGCUGCUCACCCUGAAGAUGAAGGCCAUGCUGGAGUCUGUUUCUGGUGCCAACCCCUUGGACAUCACAAGGCGCUUUGUGGAGGCCAGCCAGCUCCUCCACCUCAAUGCCAAAGAGAUGGCUUUUGACUCCCUGGUUGGCACAUUUGGGAGAAGUUGCUUUGGUGCUGGACUGAUGGGGAAAGAGCCCUUCCUGAGCACCUCAAUAAUGGGAGUGAACUCGCCUUAUCAGCUUAUCUAUGAAGCCUCUACUGGCUGUCUGAGCUUUUCCCUCUCAACUGGAAAGGAAGGCAAGAAGAAAACAGACACUGGAGGCAAAAUGAAAAAUUUGGAAGAGAUAACUUCAUCACCCUCUCAACGAGAAACAGGAACUGCCUCUGACAAAGUGGAGAUCAGUGACCCCUGUCCUGAGGCCCGGGAGAAGCUGCAAGAGAUGUGUCGUCAUAUAGAAGCCGAAAGGACCUUGUGGAAAGGGAAGAAUGUCUUCUGCCCCAUGAUGUUACGCAACUACGGGGCAAAGAUGCCCAUUCCUUCGGGGUCAACCGUGAGCUCCUAUCACCCUCCCACUCCCACUCCUCAUCAGUCUUCCGUCUCCCAUGCUCACUUCAUUCGGCAGUCUCAGGAGGGGAAAGGCAAGAAGAACAUCAAGUUGCAUUACACCUUCUGUGAUGGGUCUUCCUUCGUUUACUAUCCCUCCGGAAACAUUGCCAUGUGUCAGAUCCCCACGUGCUGCGGAGGGAGAACCAUCACCUUACUCUUUAAUGACACACCCAGCUUCUCCUUCCUGGCCCUGUUCAAUGCUGAAGGCCAGGGCUGCGUUCACUACAACCUAAAGUCCUGCUGCCCAUACGUGUUGGUCUUGGAUGAGGAAGGCGGGACCACCAACGACUACAACGGCUAUGCAGUCCACAAGUGGAGCUGGGCUUCUAAGACAGAGACUUUGCUCUCCUUGGAAUAUAAGAUGAAUGAGCAAAUGAAGCUGACAGUGCUGGGGCAGGACUCCAUUCUAGUUACCUUUACCUCCAUGAAUGAGACAGUAACACUUACUAUAUCGGCCAAUAACUGUACUCACGGGGUAGGGCACGAUAAAAAGAUGACCCACAAGAUCAUCAGCAUGGACGACAAGUUGUCUAAGAUGAGCCGAGCCCUGGCAGCGAUCAAGAGGCGGUUUCAGAAGACAGUGUCUCAGUUCAUGAAUUCUGUCUUACUGGCAGCAGGACUGCUCAUCAUAGAAUAUCCAUCAAGGGUCAUGGGAGAACUAAGUCGAACCAAAAUGAGAUCCUGGGCCUUUUCUGAGCGGGGCGCCAAGCUAAAUCUAUAUUCAGAAGGCCCUGCAACACGUUAUCAGUCAGCCCCACCUGAAUCCUCGGCUGUACAGUCUCCGAAGGAAGAGCCUAGGUCUGCUCCGAUAAGCCCUGCUCCGAAGAAGAUCAUCAAAAUCCACGCCAAAGCCCUGGCUACACUCAGGGGGAGGGCCGCAGAGAUGCGCAGCCACACCAGGAGGGCUGCCUCACCCUCUGACUGCCCACUGGUGCUGCGGAAGCUCAUUUGUAAGGAAGACAUCCGCGCUGGCUGCAAGUGCAUAGUGAAGCCACCCCUGGUAUCUGAUGUGGAGCUGGAACGUUUCCUGUCGGUGCCCCGUGACCCCAGCCAGGUGCUGGUGUUCGGAAUUGUGUCAAGCCACAUUCCUACCAGCUCAGGACAGCUCCAGUGGCUGCUCAACACACUCUACUGUCACCGGCAGCAGGGCCGUGGCUCACCCUGCAUCCAGUGCCAGCAUGACCCCUACCGCCUACUGCGAUAUGACCUCAACAGCCCACUGCAGAAGGAUCCACCCCUGCUGGUGAAGAAGUAUGCUGUGAUGCAGGGGAUGGUUCUGAUGUUCGCUGGGGGGAAGCUCCUGUUUGGGGGCUGUGUUUUGAAUGGAUACGGCUUCAGCAAGCAGAAUCUGCUGAAACAGAUCUCCCAGGCUCGGCAGGACUGCAAGAUGGGCUACUUCAUGCCAGAGAACUACAAGUUUAGCAGCGUUUUACCCUCCUUCCUGAGCCUGGAUGACACUGACUCAGACAAGAGAACAAUUUUGGAAGACAUCCAAGGAAGCAUCUCCUCGUUGACCGUAGGGGACAAGAUGGAGGACUAUUUCCCUGAACAUGAGAAGAAGAUGAAUCUGCAUCCUCUCAUCCAAGGCAGGAGGGACAGUAAGAAGAUGAACUCUUGGAAGAAACCGGCCUCCAAGAAGUAAUGCAGGCCCCUUGACCACCAGAGUGCCAGGCCUGGAUGAGGCUCCUCCCUUGCCCACCUGCCCUGCCUCCCCCCACCCCCACCCCCACCCCUUUUCUCUGAGCCUCUAUGUAAUAAACAAGCAUGCCUCCAGCAUCUGGAUGAGGCCAUGGGCUAGGCUGGCUCUACAAGGCCAGAGGCCCCCAGCAGCUCAGUUCUAGGUCCAGUCCUUGGAAACUAGGGUGCUCUGACCCAGAGCUGCUUCUGUGACCAGUGAAGCAGCCUGGAUUCUCCCGCUCCCAAGGAAACAAACCUGACCAGGGGGCCAAGCCAAAUGAGACGUUACCAUGGGAGGUCUGGGAUGGGACUAAACUAUGCCCUCCUCCCCUUCACUGGUUGGGAAUGGCUCAGGUUCUGGCCCAAGUGGAAAACAGGGUUGUGAGAGAAGAGGGAGAGGGAAGACAGGAAGAAAAAUGCAGAACAGAGGGAGACCAAACUAAGGGAGAGACAGGAGAGAGAUGAUAAGAAGGGAGAGCCCAGGAGGGAGUGUUGGGGGAGAGGGAGCUGAAUGGGAGGUGGGAGGGAAGAGGAAAUGAGGGAGGAAGGAGAAUAAAAGGCAGGAGGAAAAAGAGGGAGAGGGCCCUGGAGUAGGACAGAAGAGGCAGUGACAGGCCACAUCCAGGAACCCUUUGGUGGCACCUGGAAAGCCAGAGCCCCUGUGGCCCAUUUAGCCCACCCUUAUGACCCAAGCUAACAGGCCUGAAGAAGACUUACCAGCAUCAAUGUCCCAGAGAUGGCAGCCCAUGGGUGUGCUGAUGCCUCCCUGGUGGCACCUGAGAGGCACAGACAGCACACCUGCUCUGGCCCCCUGCUUGUCUGUGGCUCUUCCCAGGAGCAGGGUGAGGACCCCGGAGGGUCUGCCUUGGUCUCCAGGCCUGGAAGAGAGACUUCAUGCCCUGAGCUGUGGGUGGCGUUCAGUGACAUGCUCUAUACUUGAUUACUUGUGCUCCCUUUGUAAUAGAUGCUUUUUAAAUCUGAAUUUUUAAGGUUUAAUUGUUUAAAAUUUAUCUUUAUUGUUGAAAGUGUUAUAGAUGUCCUCCUCCCGCCCCCCCCCCCCCAUUAACCCUCUCCGCUCCACACCUGCCCCCAUCAUUUGUAUCAUUGAAAGGCUUUUUUUUUUUUUUUUGAUUAUACAUUUGUCCCCUGGUAAUGGAUUUGAAAUGACGUACUAUGUUCUUAAGCCUGAUACUUAGGGGUCCUGGGCGUCUUACCACUCUCCCGUCCUCCCCUUCUGAGCACAAGGACACAUAGAAUUAGAAGGAAGGGGAAGCAAGGUCCACCUCUGUCUAGUCAGCCUGUGCAUACUGGAUUUACAUGUAUAUGCUGCCUCCGAGGUCUGGGAAAGCCAGGGAGAGACCUGACAGAAGCAGACACAAAUCUUCUCUGAAGAUGUUUACUCUCAACCCAGACCUCAUAGGAUUCCCACAGAGAGAACCCAGUUGAAUAUUAGCUCACAAUCCAAAAUUGAAAAAGGCACAUCAAAGUGAAUGAAAACAGAUAUCAAAUAUUAAAUUAGACAUGCAAGACUUUGGAUAUUGGAAUUGUCAGGCACAAUGUAAAGUGAAUGUUUUCAGUGUUUAAAUAAACAGAAGGAUCUGAAAACAUAAGCAAGGAACAAGAUGUUAUCAAGCAAGAAAGAUAUGGACUGAAUUUUGCUUCCAGACACAUCGGGGUAACUGAGACUGGAGUGUCCUCCUGACACAAACACCAGGAAAGAGAAACAGAGUGUGUUCUAUAAUCCCUCCAGCUUUCUGCCAGACAUGCUUUCUGGAUCAUGAUAUGGAGAAGGAGAGUUCAAGCACAGUAUGGAGUAUUGCUGAGCUGGGAGACAGAUUGGAGUUUGGAGAGACAACGGUGAAUAGAAUUUGUGACGCAGAGCAUCAGAGAAGAGGGAGCUAUGCAGAGAGAACUCAAAAUUUGCAUAGAGAUCUCCUUGAGUCUUCGGCUGCAUGCUAAACUGCACAUGUUUAGGGUGUGGCUUCGUGAGGUCUGGUAAAGUACUAGAUUUCCACAGGUAAAAGAAUGAUACCACAUACAAAACACCACAUACGAAAAUUAACUUCAAAUGCAUCAAGAACCAAAUGUAAGACCUAAAACAAUGAAACUCUUUGAAGAAAACAGGACAAAAGCAUUGUGACAUUGGAUUUGGCAGUGAUUUAAUGGAUAUGACACAAAGGCACAGGCUACAAAAGAAAAAAUAGACAAAUUGGAUUUCAUGAAAAUUUUAGAAAUGUGUGCAUUAGAAGACACUCUCCAAGGAAUAAAAAGGUAGCCCACAGAAUGGGCAAACAUAUUUGAAAAUCAUAUGCUGAUAAGGGAUUAAUAGCCAGAAUAUAUAGAGAACUUCUAAAACAGCUUAAUGCAAAACUGGGCAAAGGAUUUGAAUAGUCAUUUUUCCAAAGAAGAUAUACAAAUGGCCAAUAAACACAUGAAAAAAGGCUCAAUGUCAGUAGUCAGUAGAGAAAUGUAAAUCAAAAUUAUAAUGAGUUACCAUCUCACACCCAUUAGGAUAGCUACUAUCAAACAGAAAACAGCAAGUGUUGGUGAGGAUGUGGAGACAAUGGAAUCCUUGUGCACUAUUGCUGGGAAUAGUAAACUGCUGUGGAAACCAGUAUGGGGGUUCUUCAAAUAAUUAAAAAUAAAAUUACUAUAUGAGCCAGCAA